AUGACGCUCUUCACACCGGAAGUUGUCUCUCUUUGGUCAAAGCAGCAUGGCGUCACCCUGAAAGCAUGUGAACAUAAACAAGCGACUCACCUCUGAUAGAAGAAUACUGUCACAUCUUCUCUCACACAUCAGCAGCUGCUAUCAGAGCUGAAUGAUGUUCAGAGUGAGUGGUCGGUUUCUCUCCAGACUGGUCCUCGUGGACUCUGCUCGACAGGAAGCUGCGUCAUGGAUCCGAACAGCUGGAAACGCCGCCUGCAGCCGAGGAGGGAGGAACGGAUUUAUCUCCACUCCUGCUCGCUUUAUUACAUCAGAGGCAUUUCUCAACAGACUGGUGAAAGGCAAAGCAGCGGAGGCAGACGGCAGUCUUUAUCGCCUCCCCGCCUCAGUUCCGCCGGACAGCGCUGAACAAUUAUCGUUGUUACUGAGACAUCCGGAUCAGCCUGACAACGCAAAGAUUCUGAAAGUGGCCAUAAUCGGUGCCCCGAAUGCCGGGAAGUCCACAUUGUCCAAUCAGCUCCUUGGCACAAAGGUGUUUGCUGUGUCCAAGAAAGUCCACACCACGCGGUCACGUGCCCUGGGCGUCCUGACGGAGGAGGACACACAGAUAAUUUUACUGGACACUCCGGGUCUCACCACUGCAUCAAAGGUCAAAAGACACCAGUUGGAGAAGACUUUGCUCGUGGAUCCCUGGAACACGGUGAAAGAAGCUGACCUAAUGGUAAUCUUGGUGGAUGUGGCGGACAGAUGGAUGUGCAGCGGGCUCGACUUCGAGGUGCUCAAAUGCCUGGCUCAGCACCCUGACAUCCCCGCGAUCCUGGUCAUGAAUAAGGUAGACCUGGUCAAGGCUAAGGACAGGCUGCUGGACGUCACAGCAGUGUUGACGUGCGGAGUGGUGAACGGACGCAGGAUGCGGGUCAGGCCGGUGAUCAGGCCUCCGUUGGCUGAGAAGAAGCCAGAGAGUGAUUCAGAGUUGCCGCUCGACGAGGACGACGCGGCGCCUGAGGGCAGCGCUGAGACGGACUCUCCGCUGAGCAAAGAGCAGCUGAAGGAGCUGAAGAACCAGCAGGGCUGGCCUCACUUCAAGGACGUCUUCAUGCUCUCGUCUGUGGACAAAGAGGACGUGGAGACGCUGAAGAGCUACUUCAUGGUCGCGGCCAAGCCGGGGUCGUGGCAGUACCACAGCGAGGUCCUGACCGACCAGACUCCAGAAGAAGUCUGCACCAACAUCAUCAGAGAGAAGCUCCUGGAGUAUCUGCCCCAGGAAGUGCCCUAUUCAAUGACACAGGCGGUUGAACUCUGGCAGGACGGAGAAAACGGUGAAGUCGACAUUUCUGUGAAACUUUACGCCAAGAAAGACACUCACAUGAGGAUGGUGAUCGGCACCGGCGGCCAGAUGGUAGCACGUAUGGCCCGGGAGGCGGGCGAGGACCUGAGCCGCGUCUUCCUGAGGGAAGUGAGGCUGAAGCUCUCAGUCAAGCUGAGGAAGUGAAGAGGAUGGAUGGACUUUAACGGUGAAGAUGUGGAAACAGAUCCUGCUGGAUUUGAGAUGACGACUCUUGUAUUAUUCUCUGCAAAGGACAGACCUGAGGGGUCGGACAAAGGAUGAGAGCUGGUCAUGAGUCAGACGUGGAGCUGUCCCAGACCUCGCACUGAGAUGGACCUGUUUGAAGGACAAGAAGCGUCCUCUAAAUGUUGACUUUUGCAUCCUCUAUCUUCACACAGCAGCAGCAUCCUGUCAUGCCAAGACAUUAUUAAAGAUGUUUAUGUAGCGAUGCUACCUAUAAGUUGUUAUUUUAGAAGUGGAAAACUGAGGGGUGCCCCAACUUUGAAGAAAUGUGACUCAUCUAAAUCAGUAAAGCGGAGAGAAUAUGUUCAUUAAAAGCAGCUUACACAAGCUGUAAAAUUAA